UGCGCUUUGGCGUUGUGCCUUCGUCAGUAACGCUCCAGCCACGCCGCUCUUAUACCUGCUCCUUUUUGAAUCGGUAUAUGGUGAGAAUGGGUCUUUGAUCCUGUCAAUUCCAUUGCACUGGCUUCGCGACUGCUGCUCUAGUGAUAACUCUACCAAUCGAUCUCUUGACGGAGGUUUCGAGAACAACGAAAAUGGCUCCAACGGCGACAGACACACAAUGGUCUGUCGGCUAUGAUGUACUAAGGCGAGAGCGUCUAUUCAAACACCCUCCGAAGGAUCAUACCGCAUAUCCCUCCUUGGCGGAAGCCUUCCGACCGCAUCUUGACUCGUUCAAUGCGCUCUUCGACGGAAUCAAGGUGCUGGAGGCUGGUUUGAAAGAUAUUGGAACGAAAACUUUUCUAGAUGGAGAUGCGGAGACAUCUCAACAGAAGAAGACCCGACAGGCCCAAGGCCUGCCGCCGCCGAAACGUAACAGGCUCAAUGUCCGCAUCAAGGAAGUCUUCCUCGAGAAGCCCACUCUGCCGCCGACGAACAAGUUCACUACCAGCAACCGCAAUAUAUACCCAUCUGAAUGUCGGGAAAGGCACGCGACUUACCGUGGUAAACUGCGUGCACGUCUUGAGUACCAGGUGAACAACGGGGAGUGGAGCGAGUCCGUACGGGAAUUGGGACAGGUUCCAAUCAUGUUGCGGACCAAUAGAUGCCAUUUGGAAAAAGCAACUCCUGAGGAGCUGGUUCAGCAUAAGGAAGAAUCUGAAGAGGCUGGUGGUUAUUUCAUCGUCAACGGUAACGAGAAGCUGAUUCGAAUGCUCAUUGUCUCGAAGAGAAACUUCCCCAUGGCAAUUGUGCGUGGCUCUUUCGUCAAACGUGGCCACACAUACACCAAGUAUGGUGUUCAAAUACGUUCAGUGCGACCAGAUCAGACGUCUCAAACAAAUGUUCUUCACUACCUGAGCGAUGGAAAUGUCACAUUCCGUUUCUCGUGGAGGAAAAACGAAUACCUUGUACCGGUGAUGAUGAUUCUGAAAGCUCUGGUGGAGACAAAUGAUCGCGAAAUUUUCGAAGGCAUCGUUGGCGGUGCUUCUUCAAAGGGCAUAAACAACACUUUUAUUACCGAUCGUGUGGAGCUUUUACUGAGAACCUACAAGGGCUACAAGCUGCAUGGUCGGUCCGCCUCCAGAGCCUACCUUGGUGAAAAAUUUAGACCCGUCAUGGGAGUGCCUGCGACUAUGUCUAAUGAGGACGUCGGUACCGAAUUCCUGCGCAAGAUAGUGUUGCCGCAUCUUGGAUACCAAAAUGUCACGGAAGCCCAGGACUAUGACAAGUUCAGAAUGAUCAUGUUUAUGAUCCGGAAGCUGUAUGCACUUGUCGCUGGUGACUGCGCCCCGGAUAACCCUGACGCAGUUUCGAACCAGGAGAUUCUUCUCGGUGGUUUCCUGUACGGAAUGAUCUUGAAAGAAAGACUUGAAGAAUGGCUUAGGUCUCUCGGGCCCAUCUGCAGAGACUGGUGCAUUCGUAACAACGGUGCUAAGUUUACAGAUCCAUCUUUUGAAAAGUCUUUCUUGAGCAGGAUCGUAAGACGAUCAAAUGAGAACAUUGGAGGUGCACUGGAAUAUUUCCUGUCCACGGGAAAUCUAGUCAGUCCCACCGGUCUCGACUUGCAGCAGACAUCAGGUUACACAGUCAUCGCAGAAAAGAUCAACUACUACCGAUUCCUUAGUCAUUUCCGAAUGAUCCAUCGAGGUAGUUUCUUCGCACAGUUAAAGACUACCACCGUUCGAAAACUAUUACCGGAGAGCUGGGGUUUCCUUUGCCCCGUCCAUACACCCGAUGGUGCGCCGUGCGGUCUGCUAAACCAUCUCGCGCAUAAGUGUUUGGUUUCCACAGGGAACUUGGAUGUGUCUUGCAUGCCUAAGCUACUGGCCCAGCUCGGUGUUCGCUCCGAGUCAUCUGCAUCACUGGAGGAGAGUGUUAGUGUCCAGCUGGAUGGCAGGAUCGUUGGCUACUGCUCGCCAAAGCAGGCAAAGGUGAUUGCCGAUACCCUGCGGCACUGGAAGGUUAGCCGUACACACGGUAUUCCGUUAGAGCUGGAGAUCGGAUACGUCCCGAAUUCCAAUAGUGGCCAGUACCCGGGUAUCUACAUGUUCUCACAGGCCGCGCGGAUGUUCCGACCUGUCAAAUAUCUGCCUCUGGAGAAACUCGACUACGUUGGUCCCUUCGAGCAGCCGUUCAUGGAGAUUGCUUGUGUUGAAUCUGACCUCAUCUCCGGUGUGUCGACCCACAUCGAGUUCACGCCGACAAAUAUACUCUCUAUCGUCGCCAAUAUGACGCCAUUCUCGGACUAUAACCAGUCUCCUCGUAACAUGUACCAGUGCCAGAUGAGCAAGCAAGCAAUGGGUACCCCAGGCACCGCGAUUGCGUAUCGCACAGACAACAAGCUGUACCGACUGCAAACCGGUCAGACACCAAUUGUUCGGCCACCUCUCUACAACGCGUACGGCUUGGACAACUAUCCCAACGGUAUGAACGCAAUUGUGGCCAUUAUUUCCUACACCGGCUAUGACAUGGAUGACGCUAUGAUCAUCAACAAAUCAUCUCAUGAACGCGGAUUCGGACAUGGUACGAUUUACAAGACCAAGAUUCACUCUCUGGACGAGAAGGAAUCCCGACGUAGCAAGUCCCGGCGUGAAGUUAGCAAACUUUUCGGUUUUGCACCCGGUGGUGAGAUUAAAGCUGAAUGGCGUAACACUCUCGACGAAGACGGACUUCCCCACGUGGGCGCACGAGUGAAAGAGGGCAGUCUCGUCGCAGCAUGGCACACCGUCCGUUACGAUCCAGCGUCAGAUUCAUAUGUGAACAUCGACGGGAUCACCCACUUCAUCAAAUACAAGGAUUCCGAAGAGGGUUACAUUGAGAGCAUCCGGAUCAUUGGUGCUGAGAGCGGGACGGAGCCAUGCCAGGCGAUCAGCGUUAAGUAUCGCAUCCCUAGAAAGCCCGUCAUCGGCGACAAGUUCUCGUCCCGUCACGGACAGAAAGGUGUCUGCUCUCAGCUUUGGCCGGCAGUUGACAUGCCCUUUUCUGAAAGUGGCAUGCAGCCCGAUCUGAUCAUCAACCCUCACGCGUUCCCAUCUCGUAUGACAAUCGCCCAAAUGAUUGAAUCCAUGGCCGGCAAAGCAGGUGCACUCCAUGGUCACCCACAAGACUCGACUCCAUUCCAAUUCUCCGAAGAGAACACAGCAGCAGACUACUUCGGCCACCAACUUCGCAAAGCAGGGUACAACUACCACGGCAACGAGCCUCUCUACUCCGGUGUAACAGGCAAGGAAUUCGCCGCGGACAUCUACAUGGGCGUCGUUUACUACCAACGUCUCCGACACAUGGUGAACGACAAAUUCCAAGUCCGAACCACCGGCCCCGUCAACGCACUGACCGGUCAACCCGUCAAGGGCCGUGCCAAGGGAGGCGGUAUCCGUGUCGGAGAGAUGGAACGUGACUCUCUCCUCGCCCACGGAGCCGCUUUCAUCCUGCAGGACCGUCUCAUGAACUGCUCUGAUUUCAUGCGCACCUGGAUCUGUCGCGACUGUGGCUCUUUCCUGUCGACGCAGGUUGCUGUCGGGUCGAGCGGUAAAGCACGAAAUCCCGGCGCCAUCGCUGCUGCUGCCAAAGCGGCGCCAAAUCAGUUCACCUCUUCGUCCUUGCCGGCGGCUAGUGUGGUGCGUUGUAGACGGUGCGCGAGGGAGGCUGUCUUCGAUGACUCCCGUACCGAAGUCUGGGAGGAUGGAGAUGGAAGACGCUUUGUCGGUGGUGAUAAUGUGACUAUUGUCGCUGUGCCGGGUGUUUUGAGGUAUCUUGAUGUUGAAUUGGCUGCUAUGGGUAUCCGGAUGAAAUUCUGGAUUGAUAAUUGAAUUGAUGGAUUGAUGUUUGAAAAUUGGCGUGCUGCAUACAAAAGCAAAAAAGGAUCUGCUUAUUAUAGAACGUGAGAAGAUACAUUUUUCUAUGCCUGUUAUUCUUCUUGUUUUGAUCGAGUGUCUUUUUUUAUUUUUGGGCUGUAUAUACUGUUUCGACUCCUUGCCUGUUGUACGUCUACUGUCAUCUUAUCUCAAUGCAUGGAAUGGCUAUUUAGGUAGAUAUACUCAUAACAAAGCCACUCACUGCUUAAGGAUAACUCCAAGUUACAUGCAGCGCUUACAGA